AUGUCCCAAAUUAUUUUGUUCGCUCUGGUGGCCUUGACCGCACUACCAACUGCAUUCGGUCUUCACCCAGUCGACGUAAAUGUCCUUCACAACUUCGACAGUGGCGUUUGGGCUGAAAACCUCGCCGUUCGUGCUAAUGGCCAAAUCCUUGUCACGCGUUUUGACACCCCCGAAGUUCUCCAACUCGAUCCAACGGGUUCCAAGGCUCCCACAGUGGUCGCUUCUUGGGGACCUGCUACCUACAUGGGCUGCCUUGGCAUAUCCGAAAUAUCCGCCGACGUUUACUAUGUGGUAGUCUCUGGGUUCCUUGACGACAAUUUUGUGCUCACCUCGGGCGUGAACAGCAUUUGGGAGAUCGACAUGAGCACCUUCGCUGUCUCCAGAGAGACUGGUGAGGUGGUCUCCAACGCAACAGUCUCUAAGCUGGUCGAUGUCACUACUUCAGGCUUUCUCAACGGUCUGACUGCCUUAUCAACCUCAGCAGUUCUCGUUGCCGACUCUUACAAAGGAUGUGUAUAUCGUGUGGAUACACGGACGGGUAAGUAUGAAGUAGUAGUCAAUGACACCAAAAUGAAGUUCGACUCUAUUUCGGAGCCUGCGGUUAAUAUUGGGGUUAAUGGUAUCAAGAUUCGCAACGGAUAUCUUUACUGGACCAAUACAGCGGUCGGUACUUUGAACCGUAUCCGCGUCUCAAAUAAGGGGAUUCCUUCCGGUAGAUCGGAGGUCGUUGUGAAUAACGUUGCCACGGCCGACGACUUCACCUUCGAUUCCAAUGGUGUUGCUUUCAUUACUCAGAACUUUAUGGAUGAACUGAGUAUCUUGCAUUCCAAAUGGGAAGCAGCUGAGGUCAUCGCUGGCAGCAAUAUAUCGACUAUUCUCGCCGGCGUGACUGCCGGAAUAUUUGGCAGACUGCCGGGUGAUGAGAGCAUUCUAUACUUGACCACCAGUGGCGCUGCAGGUAGCCCCAUCAAUGGCUCUGUUACGGUUCCUGCGACCCUUUCUUGGAUCGACACAUCGAAGAUCAGAGCAUAG